AUGGACUCUCCCGAACCAGACACCCCUUUCAGCGCCGUGACAGCGCAAACGACAAAGUACGGCCGCAUCUUCCAGACCUACCUUGACAAGUCAACGCCAUACACACCCUACCGAUGGGGAGGAACUGCAACCCUCUUCCUCCUCUUCGGGUUGCGCAUCUUCUUCGCACAGGGCUGGUACAUUGUCGCCUACUCGCUUGGAAUCUACCUCCUAAACCUCUUCCUCGCCUUCCUCUCCCCCAAAUUCGAUCCCGCGCUCGAACAAGAUGAGGGCAUGGAGGACGGGAACGCAUCGGGCCUGCCGACCAAGGAAGACCAGGAGUUCAGGCCGUUUGUGAGGAGGUUGCCCGAGUUCAAGUUUUGGUAUUCAACGACCAAGGCAAUUACUAUUGGCUUCUUCUGCAGCUGGUUUGAGAUAUUCAACUUGCCGGUUUUCUGGCCCGUAUUGGUGGUUUAUUGGUUGAUUCUCUUUGGGUUGACGAUGCGCCGACAGAUUCAGCAUAUGAUCAAGUACCGCUACGUCCCCUUCACCGUCGGAAAGACACGGUACUCCGCCAACUAA